CACCACAGAAGACCCACCAAACAAAACCCAACUCAGCCGCUCGGACACCAACUCAUCCCGAAAUCUGAUGCCACCGUAAACUUCGCCAAAGGCACUUUCUCAAACCACCUGGAAUCAGAAAAGACUCCACAGCAGUUACGUCGCCAACCUCACGCGCAACAUUCCAACAGAGGGAAAACAAAAGAUGAACUCUGACCCGCGUGACUACGCGGAUAAGCUGGAGGACAUGGCCACGAUGUCGUCAACCCGGCAAGGCCGUGGUGGCGGGGGACGGAGGGGUGCCAGGGGUGGCGGCGGCGGGGGGAGUGGUAGCCGUGAGGUGGACUUGUCCAGGGCGCUGUCACGGCUGUUGAGGCAUCAGGCGCGCAAUGCCGGGGUUGCGCUUGAUCGGGAAGGAUUUGCCCCUCUGGAUCAGGUUCUCCAAUGGGGCCCCAUCCGCUCCCUGGCGCCCACCUUCCCCGAGAUUAUCAACGCAGUCCGCAACUCGGACAAGCAGCGCUUCGCCUUGAAGCCCAACCCGGCCACCAACCCAGACCUGAACGAGUCUUCGACCGAUCCGUCUGACUGGCUGAUCCGCGCCAACCAAGGCCACUCGAUCAAGCUCGACAGCGAGCACCUGCUCAAGCCCCUCGCCUUCCCCUCCUCCUCCUCAGACACCCUCCCCGACGGCUCCGUCCCCAUCCCGCCCACCGUCAUCCACGGCACCUACUUCGCCUUCUGGCCGGCCAUCGUCGCGAGCGGCGGGCUCAGACCCAUGGGACGCAACCACGUGCACUUUAGCACCGGCCUGCCCGAGGACUCGGAGGCUGGCGUCAUCAGCGGCAUGCGCAAGGACGCCGAAGUGCUCAUCUACGUCGAUGUGGCCGCGAGCAUCAGGGAUGCCGGGCUCAAGUGGUGGAUGAGCGACAACGGGGUCGUGCUGACCGAAGGGGACGCCGACGGGCUGGUACCGGUCAAGUUUUUCAAAGAGGUGGUUGGGCGUAGGCAAGGGGUCGGGGUGCUAUGGAAGGAUGGGGAGAAGGUGGCGGACUUGCCGGAGAGCUUGAAGGUACGGGCGCCGCAGGGGAAGAGGGGUGGUGGCGGUGGUGGUGGUGGGAGGGGCGGAAACGGACGGGGGAGGUGA